AUGGCCAUUGUACCUGCACCUAUCCUCACAUACCAGGGCAAGGCUUGCAAAAAGAGGGGCGUGAAACCUCAAAAGCAUGGUAUGGUCUAUCAUAGCAAGCCUCAUCGACUGCUGCAGAAUGAGCCGGAGCUCGGAUUUCCUCCCGUGCGAGCAAAGCUCACCGUUGAAGGGGAGAAGCUCGACAAAGCAUCCCGUGUCAACUACUCGAAGCUAGUGACUGUUGAACACAAUGUCAAGGUCUUCUUCAUCGGUCACAUCAGCCCCGAGGCAAUGGACGACUUUGCGGGUGCUGUCGACACAUGCUGGGAGAGGAAGACACACUCACAUCGAAGAUCGAAGAGAUGA